AUAUUAUAUUAUAUAUAAAUAAUUAAUAAUUUUAAUAACUAAUUACAGAGUCCCAUACCACUGGUAUCCAAUAAAUCGACCUUUAUACGUCAUUUGGGCUAGUUUUCUUCUUUUCUGCAUUAUUAUGACAUUGAAAACAUCCAACUGUCAAAUUUUUAGAUAAAAAGAAGAAAAAUGUUCAUACAUCAGAGAUAUGUACUAAAAUUGGUUGUUUAUUUUUAAAUUUUAUAUUAAAAUUGUGCGGCAAACGUUAUAGAAUUAUUUCUUCUAUAACUUAACACAUAUGAAAUAUUCGAAAAAUGUUAAAGUUUGGCUCAAAACAUGACAGCAAUAUUGUUUAUAAGUGUACUGUUAGGCUCCUUGAAGAUACAGAAAUUCUAGAGUGCGAAUAUAAGCCCCAACAUAAAGGAAUAUAUCUAUUAGAAUAUGUGUGUCAACAGCUUAAUCUCAUAGAACAAGACUAUUUAGGAUUACGUUAUGUGGACAAUCAAGAUCAGAGACACUGGUUGGAUCUAGGAAAAUCUAUUUGUAAGCAAGUAAAAGAUCUUGAUCCAGUUUUAUUCAGUUUUAGGGUAAAGUUCUACCCUCCUGAUCCCUUUAGACUUAAAGAAGAAAUCACAAGAUAUCAAAUAUUUCUUCAGUUAAAACGGGACCUAUUGCAUGGUAGAUUGUAUUGUGGUCCAACUGAAGCUGCUAUGUUGUCAGCAUUGAUUUUACAAGGCGAAUUUGGUGAUUAUGAUCCUGAGAUUCAUUUAGCAAAUUAUGUUUCUGAUCUUAAAAUAUUAUUAAAACAAACUGAAGCAAUAGAAGAGAAAGCAAUGGAAAUACAUCAAAAGCAGUUAAAAGGUCAAAGUCAGAGCCAAGUAGAAACAGCAUUUUUGAAGUUAGCUUGUCAACUUGACACGUAUGGAGUUGACCCUCAUCCAGUAAAAGGAUUGUUGCAGGACCAAAAGAGAAGUCAACUUUAUCUAGGAAUCAAUUAUAGUGGAAUUUUAACCUUUCAAGGUAGCAGAAAGACACAUCAUUUUAGAUGGCCUGACAUACAGAAAAUUAAUUAUGAGGGAAAGGUUUUUAUAAUUCAUCUUAACUAUAAUGAUAAAAAACAUACAGUAGGCUUCAAGUGCCCUUCAGGCCAAGCAUGUAGACAUGUUUGGAGAUGUGCCGUUGAACAGAUGUUAUUUUUUACUUUGCCAACUAGCUCUGAUGCCCCAUCAGUGGUAACCGGAGGAGGAUUCUUUUCCUGGGGUACUAAAUUCAAAUACACUGGUAGAACAGAAAAAGAAAUUUUAGAAGAUAGUGGUUCCCCGUCUAGGGAGGAACCGAACAUUCAACGCUCUUCUAGUGUUAGAAGAAAAGCCUCUAGUGUACCUGCUACUCCAUCUACACCCUUACAGCCUCAUUUAGGUUAUUGUAGCUUGCCAAGAUCAAGCCAUUCAGAUGUGGGUGGAUCCCGAAUGGAGUCUAGUAAUAGUACUGGGUUGUUGUCUGGAUUAGACAAUAACCCAUCCCAAAUCUACAGUGAUGUUGCUGCCUUAGAAACUGUUACCGAAGAUCAAGAAGCAAUAGGUGCUACUAAACUACGCACUACAGUGUUAAAAGACGAUUCAAUGGACCGCUUUAGCGAUUAUUAUUUUCGUGAUUCGUUCGAACACUCCUCUUCGGAGUCUCAAUUGGUUGACAAUUACAGAGGAUACGAGACCACUAAUCCAUCACAUCGCUCAAGUAGGAGUCCAACGCCUUUGUCACAUUCUCAUGUUGACUCUGGAAGAAUAUACUUACCUGGUGCAGCUCAGUCAAUCCCACCACCUGUUAAAAAACCCAAGAAGUUUAAUAUUUUAGGAGCUUUUAUACCUUCCCUAGUUAUAGUUUUGGUAUUGGCUCUUAUAUCUACGAUAAUUGUCCUUGAAAGUGACUGGGAGUUUUUCAAUAGUGUUAGGAAUGUUCCAGAGAUAAUGUCUCUUAAAUAUCAAGUUUAUGAACCCAUUAAGCAGUACUGGAGAAGUAAAAUCAACCUUCUAUUUUGAACUCAGGUUUCUUGGCAUAACUCUAUAAGAUCUCAUUUAUAUGAAUACUUUUGAGGGAGCCAGGGAUUGCACAGAGAACUGUUAAAAAAUAGUCCCAUUCUGCUAUGACCAUCGAGAACCAAUUUAAUUUAAUACAGGUCAGAAUACAAGGAACUUAAUGUAAAUGGUCUUACGGAUAUUUUUUAACUAUUAAGGUUAAACAAUAACUGAAUUGCUUUAGGUUUCUUUUUAUAGUUAUUGAGCUGUUUAGAACAGCAGAUAUAAAUAAACAUGUUUAAAUAGUAAACACCACUUUCAACAACGACAAGUGAUCGAAAUUAUGUAAAAUAUAUGAAAAGUUAAUAGACAAUGAAACACAUUAAAAUCUUGAAUUUGAUAUGUGUAUGAAACAGUACAAAUUGUUUGAAAUGAUAUAUAUUCUACCUAUAUUAUGUUCUGAACAUUCUGACCAGCUAUCUGUUGCACCUAUGUCUGCACUAUAGUUUUAUUUUAUUUUUAUGGUAAUGCGUGUUUCCUUAUAUUUUAAAAACAUCUAAUCCACGCAAUAUGUUUAUAUAUACAGGGUGAUUGAUUAGUGGAGUAAAGCUCAGUAGAUCCUCUAUAGCAGCGGUUCUCAAUCUUUUUGAGGCAUGUACCAUCUAAAGUUUCUUUUAUUAUAUUUCUAUAUUUUUAGAUUGUAUAAUCAAGACUUACUAUGUACUACUAUUUUAAGUUUUUGUGUGUUUUGUGUACCACCGCAAAUAAUGAAAUGUACCACCAGUGGUACAUGUACCACAUAUUGAGAACCACUGCUCUAUAGUAAUAGAUAGCAAUAAAAGUUAAUAACAAAAAUUGUAGCCAAUUUUGAGCUUCACAGUACAAAAUAAUAAGAAUGAUAUAGGGUGUUCUAUAACAUAGUGGCAGACCAAACUUAUAUAUUUAUAAACAUCAAUAAAGUCUUUAUAACCUUGUAAUUGUGUGUAAAAUGUUAGAAGACGAAAAUUACUACAAAACUAUAUUAUUA